CCUCCCAUCUAGUCUGUCUCACCCGCCCACCAGUUGGUUCCUGCUUAGUUUUAUGUGGCGAUAAGAGCAGAGACGAAACGGUAAAGAAGGCCUAAACAGCUCCUUUUCUCUCGAGACUUGGUCUUUUGCUGUUGCAUCUUCUGAUCCAGCUGUUUCUCUCUCUAACAGCAACUAUGCUCCACCUGACUGCAGGGCGCGUGGGAAGCCUCCUGGCCAGGCGCGCGACUGCGGCCUUUACUGCCAGCAGCGCGAGGAUGGCGAGCCACGGUCACGAGGUGACUCCUCUCUCCUCUGUCCCUGCAGAUGUGGUAGAGUCCGUGGACAUGUCUCAGCCAAUGUACUGGGACCGUGUGGACCUCCCUCUGCCUGACAGACCCUACAAAGAUACACUGACUGCUACUGACAAGAGCCUGAAACAGAAGGAGAAAGGACCCUGGGGCCAACUGUCGAAAGAGGAGAAGAUUGCCUUGUAUCGUCUGACAUUCUGCCAGACCUUCCCAGAGAUGAAGCAGAAGACAGAAGAGUGGAAGACUGUCCUGGGCAGCGUCUUCUUCUUUCUGGGCUUCACCGGCCUGGUGGUCUGGUGGCAGAAAGUCUACGUCUAUCCUGAACGCCCCAGGACCUUUGAUGACGAGUGGCAGGCCAAACAGUUAAAAAGGAUGUUGGACAUGAGGAUCAGCCCCGUCGAGGGCUUCUCUGCCAAGUGGGACUAUGAGAAGGGUCAAUGGAAGUAAAAAGACAGUUGGACUGUGGCUGAGGUGGCACAGAGUCUGGACCUGUGACUCCAGAGUACAGCUUUUUGUCCCACUCUGUGAAGCUGCUGUUGAAGUACACCUGAAUUUGAAUGUUCCAUUAUUAAUGUUAAAACCACUAGCUUAUCCACUGUUAGCAUCUCUGGGGUAAUUUUACUCUGAGCCACCUCUGGCUUUCAGUCAGCUGCCUCUUCUUCAACCACUGCCGCCUUCUGUCAUGGUGAUAACUGUGUCCGUCCAGGUGCAACCUUAUAAUAAUAAAGUUUUGCCCGUG